UCUCUCCCUCCUCCUCCUUCUCCUCCUCCUCCUCCUCCUCCUCCUGCCCGCCUUGUCAGUCCGCUCUGUGGCAGCUCUGGCAUUGCAUCGCUCCAAACGGGACACACAGUAGCAGGCAGCAGCAGCAGCGUGAGUCCGCACGUCACUGAGCCGGGUUGGUACAGGCGCGCUUGGUCAGUCCGACAGUCAGACACCAGCAGCAGCAGCAGCAGUUCCAUGCGCCUUUUCGGUUUCUACAGCUCCAAAGCGGUCAUUUAGCUGCGUGUUUGCCCUUUCUGUCGUAGGUGAAGGCGUACAGAGGAAUUUAUAACCCCCCAGGAGCUUCAUUGGACUGUGAAUCUCCGCGCAGGACUCACCGCUCCGGGUUUGGAGGAAGAAGGUUGGACGCGUUUUCGUUGACGCGGCUGUUGAUCCUGGGACUCUUGUUUGAUUAUUUUUAUUUAUUUUUUUUGCAUUUGCACUUGUCUCGCUAAAACAAACAGACUCGUGAUGGAUUCCUACAUCGUGGCAUUGUUUUUGGCACUGUCUUCAGUAACGACAGCGGUCCUCGGGGAGAAAGGCACCAGCAAAGCGCGGAGUUGUUCGGAUAUCAGACAGUUUUACAGCGGGAAAGGCUUCUCUCUGGAGGGAGUGCCACAGUCUGAAAUAUCAGGAGAGCACCUGCGGAUCUGUCCCCAAGGCUACACUUGCUGCACCAGCGACAUGGAGGACAACCUGGCGAUGCUGAGCCGCAGGGAGAUGGAGGGGCUGCUGAAGGAGGCGGGGCGGGCCCUGCACACGUCACUCGCCGGGCAGUACAAGGCGUUUGAUGGUUACUUCAUGGAGCUGCUGAACCAGUCGUCCACCUCGCUGCACGCAACGCUGAUGUCGACAUGGGGCACGCUGUACUCCCAGAACGCACCUCUGUUCUCCGACCUGUACACGGACCUGAGGCACUACUACAAAGGCUCCAACAUCAACCUGGAGGAGGUGCUCAAUGAGUUCUGGGCCCGGCUCCUGGAGAGAGUCUUCCACUACGCCAACAAGCAGUACAACAUAGGGGAGGACUACCUGGAGUGCGUGUCCAAACAGAUGGACACAUUGAGGCCCUUCGGAGACACUCCUCGUGAGAUGAAGCUCAAAGUCACUCGGAUGUUCGUGGCUUCGCGUUCGUUUGUCCAGGGCCUGAUGACCAGCGGAGAGGCGGUGCGCAAGGUGUCGCAGGUGCAGCUGAGCCAGGAGUGCAUGCGGGCUAUGAUGAAGAUGACGUAUUGCCCCCACUGUCGCGGCAUGGCCUCGGCUCGCCCCUGCGCCAACUACUGCGCCAACGUCAUGAAGGGCUGCCUCGCCAACCAGGCCGACCUCAACUCCGAGUGGAGGCAUCUGGCAGACACGCUAAUACAAGUGGCUAACCGUUUCGAAGGCCCCACCGGAGUAGAUGUGGUCGUCCUGUCGCUGCCUUUCCGUAUUUCAGAAGCGAUGUACACCAUGAUGGACAAUAUAGAAGAUAUUAACAGCAAGAUGUUCCAGAGAUGCGGUGACCUGCGGACAGGGGGCAGUAGCGGCACAACGGGAGCAGAGGAGGAGGUGAAGAGAGCCAGGAUCACUGUGGAGGACAGUCUGGGCCCCAGCUCCAACACGCUCAGCGGCCUGGUGUCAGACGUGAUAGUCAGGCUGAGGAACAUGCAGCCGUACUGGGUGUCUCUGCCCACCGUCCUGUGCAGUGACCGCAUCGCCACCGGGACGGGAGCAGAGGACAAGUGCUGGAACGGCAUGAGUCGAGCCAGAUAUCUUCCUGAAGUGAUGGGCGACGGUCUGGCCAGUCAAAUCAACAACCCCGAGGUGGAGAUGGACAUCACCAAACCGGACAUGGUGAUCCGGCAGCAGAUCAUGCAGCUGAAGAUCAUGACGCACAGACUGAAGAACGCCCUCAACGGGAACGACGUGGACUUCCAGGACACCAGUGACGACGGCAGCGGAUCGGGAAGCGGCAUGUGCGCCGACGAGCUGUGCUCCCGGGGUCCUCGCCGAGACACGCCCCCCGCCAACCAGCCCAAAUACUACCCCAACCCCCCAGAGGACGGGCGGGCUGUGAAGGCCUCGGCCCACUGUAACCUCCCCUCUCUCUCCCCCCUCGUCCUCCUCGCACUGCUCACAAUGCUACUGCUGCGGCGAUAAUGGACUGGAAACCGCUCCGGGACUAAGUACGGAACACGGGCGCGGGAAGGGGAGGAGUCUGAGAGGGGAGGGUGGAGGAGAUGCCAAAACGGAACAACAAGAAAAGAACUGCUUCAAGGAUAAAAUGGAUGAACUUGGAAGAAAUAGGAUUCUUCAGACUUUUUCUUGCUUUGAUUUUUUUUUUUUUUUUUUUCCAUUAGAGCUGGUCUUUUUUCAGUGUGUACCAUUUACCGGUGUUUGGGCUCUUUCAGAAUAUAUUUGUACGAAAAGAUUGUAAUGUUUCUAGCGGUACGGUGGUGUUGACGCCAUGAGAAAAGAAUCAUUUGAAAAGAUGCAGCCUUCUUUGUAUCGGCCACUCCUUUAUAACAGCACUUUGAGUAAAUCAAGCCAUCUGGUUAUUUCUGACAAACUGCAAAAAGAUAAUAUUAUUUAGACUCUACGUAUUUGUUAGAGCUCCAAUUUUGCUAAUAUACAAACUUUGAAAAUACAGUUUCUAAAAUGUGCAGCACCAGCUCAACAAUUUUGCCAUGUAGCAUCUUGUUUCAGUCGUAAUUAUUGUUCAAAAUCAUGACUUUGCAAGCAAAAAAAUGAGGAUAGUUGUGUUAUAAAUGCAGGUUAUCGCUUAUCGCACCUCAAGUUUAGUUUGUUUUACAUACUUUGGCUCAGAAAAUGGCCCCGAUUCAAAUCUCUGGUAUUUCAAAAACAUCUCCAAAACACUAUGAUUUUUAAAGUGCGUGCACGAAUGAGAAGAACCUGUUUUUGAUGCUGUGCUUGGCAAUACAGCAAGCAGUGUGUGUAUAUGGAGAAAUAUGGCUGUAGGAACUGUAAGUGAGCCUUGUGAAUCGUGUUUAAGUGGCGAAAGAAAUGUUUUGGACUGGUUAAAAAUACAGAAAGGAUGAAUUGUAUAGUUUUGAUUGGGGGGGGAUCUGUCUUAAUGCGACAGUGAACUGACAUGAGGAUAUACAUGAAAGCCCCUCAUCAGGACAAUCCACUUGGAAUCGUUUUAAAUUUGACACUUUGGAGCUCAUCUUCGCUUGUCAUUUUAAACUUAUGUUGUCAGAAAACCCUUUUAUUUCCCCAGUGCUUUAGUCGCGUGUUUUUCUCACUCUCGCUUUUGAAACUCGACUCGCCUGUGACUGCCUUUGCUACUUUGUAAAAUUUUUUGGAGAUUUGAAAGUUUGUCGAUGUUAAGGACUCUUGAGAUGGCGACAUUCCAUUUUUUUUCCAGUGCGCGGCCCGUGACGUCAUCCGAUGAAAUUUGCACAGCUCCUCCCUUCUCUCCUGUCCUCUGUCCAUAUGUCCCCCUCCUUACCCUGAAUACAAACUGCACUUUUACCAGGUCUGCACAGAGACACCACUGGUCCUGAGCUUCCACAGGCCACUAUGGGCCGGUGUGGAUGCAGACACUGUACAUAUACGGCACGUGUGGGCCACUUGAGCCACACCUUAAAUGGGAGAAUGCCAAUUCAUGAGGAAAAAGAAAACUUUGAAUAGGUUUUUUUUGUUUUUGUUUUAUUGCUUUUAUUUUGUUCAGAAGUCUAUCAAGAGUUUGUGCUUAACAGUGACAAUAGAUGCCAGAAAGGUUCAAAAUACAAAAAUGUCUCAUUUGCUGUUGUACCUGAAUUCUUGUGUCAAUUAUAUACAUUUUAAGAUUU